AGUUGUCAGUGCUUCAGUUGUGGAGUAUUCCGAGAGGGAGUGGGUGGGGGACGUCUGUGCGAUGCCGAAUAAAACGAAAAAAGAAAAGGAUCCCUCCAAGUCUGGAAAAGUGGGCAAGGGUGGAAGUCAGGAGAAUUCAGAGCAUGAGUCGGGCUCCAAUAGGAAGGGCGGCAACAAUGUCCCUCCCACCACGCAGCUGCUGAAGGGGAAGCAGCCAGUUUCCCAGACACCUGUCAAAAAGGACAAGAGGCAGAGCUCCUCGCGCUUCAGCCUGAGCAACAACAGGGAGCUGCAGAAACUGCCGGCCUUCAAAGAUGUUCCUCCGGCCGAACAGGAGAAGCUCUUCCUCCAGAAGCUGCGGCAAUGCUGCGUCCUCUUCGACUUCCUGUCCGACCCUCUGAGCGACCUGAAAUGGAAGGAAGUGAAGCGCGCCGCGCUCAGCGAGAUGGUGGAGUUCAUCACGCACAACCGGAACGUCAUCACGGAGCCCAUCUACCCGGAGGUGGUGCACAUGUUCUCGGGGAACAUGUUCCGGACGUUGCCCCCCUCAUCCAACCCCACAGGGGCGGAGUUUGACCCGGAGGAGGACGAGCCCACGUUAGAGGCUGCAUGGCCACACCUACAGCUGGUCUAUGAGUUCUUCCUGCGGUUCUUGGAGUCACCAGACUUUCAACCAAAUGUAGCCAAAAAGUAUAUCGACCAGAGAUUUGUCAUGCAGCUACUAGACCUUUUCGACAGCGAGGACCCCCGCGAGAGAGACUUUUUAAAGACCACGCUCCACCGCAUCUACGGGAAGUUCCUCGGUCUGAGGGCCUACAUCCGAAAACAUAUUAACAACAUAUUUUAUAGGUUCAUCUAUGAGACUGAACAUCAUAACGGAAUAGCAGAGCUACUGGAAAUAUUAGGCAGCAUAAUCAACGGCUUUGCGUUACCACUAAAAGAGGAGCACAAGAUAUUCCUUCUGAAAGUUCUGCUGCCACUGCACAAAGUCAAGUCUCUCAGCGUCUAUCACCCACAGCUGGCCUACUGUGUGGUUCAGUUCCUUGAGAAGGACAGCACUCUGACAGAACCGGCUGUGACGGCGCUGCUCAAGUACUGGCCCAAGACCCACAGCCCCAAGGAGGUGAUGUUCCUCAACGAGCUGGAGGAGAUCCUGGACGUCAUCGAGCCCUCGGAGUUCGUCAAGGUCAUGGAGCCACUGUUCCGUCAGCUGGCCAAGUGCGUCUCCAGCCCCCACUUCCAGGUGGCAGAGCGGGCGCUGUACUACUGGAACAACGAGUACAUCAUGAGCCUGAUCAGCGACAACGCAGCCAGGAUCCUGCCCAUCAUGUUCCCCGCGCUGUACCGCAACUCCAAGACCCACUGGAACAAGACAAUCCACGGGCUUAUCUACAACGCUUUAAAGCUGUUCAUGGAGAUGAACCAGAAGCUGUUUGACGACUGCACCCAGCAGUUCAGAGCCGAGAAGAGCAAAGAGAAGGCCAAGUGGAAGGAGAGGGAGGAUGCAUGGGUGAAGAUCGAGAGUCUGGCCAAGACCAACCCGCAGUUCCUGCUGUACAUCGACCUGGGGGGCACGGGCUCCCCCAUGGACAUGGAGACGGACUGCCCCCCGCUGGACGACGUGGCGCUGCUGAAGAAAACGGUGGAGGAAGAAGCCAUCCAGAUCCAGCGGGAUCCGCGCAAGGACCGCCCGCUCAUGCGGAGGAAGUCUGAGCUCCCCCAGGACGUGUCCACCGUCUCCGCCCUGGAGUCCCACCGGCGGGCCCAGGACAUAUUGCCCCUCGGCGACGGCGGCCACUAGGACCGCCGCCGCUGCCCGGUCCGGCAGAAGCCAGCAUCAGCCGCCGGCGCCAUCCGGCCGCACGGGACGGCCCGGUCCUGCCAGCACACCCAGCCCACCAGCCGCCCCCCA